AUGCCGUCUUCUUCCUUAUCAGAUCCUCAUGCCCCGGUUGUCUCCAACAAUUCCUCCAGAAACAACAACAAAAGACCUUGGAAACCAACCAAAAUGUUCAAAUCCCUCCUCAACAGCGCCAAGUCGCUAGCCAUUGGCGACUCUGGCUCCAAAGCCAGCAAACCAGAGGACCUGUUCCCGGUGGUCUCGAAGGAAGUAGACGGCGACGACUGCGACCACGAGUGCGCGACAUGCACCAUCAGUUACCCGCGCACCUUCAAGAUCGACGAGGAGGACGAGCUGUACGGGCAGAUCAAAGGGUGGGCUACCCACGUGUUGGUCGCUACGGGCAAGACGGACUGGGUGCGCGAUGUGGCGGACGAGAAGGGCAGUGUGAUGCAGGCUAUUGCGGGGGCCAAGGCGCCUGGUAAUGGGAAACUGAUGCUCUCAGCCUCCAACAUGCCCACCCCGCACCAAACAACCUCCUACUCCGAACCCACCACCCUCCUCCUCCUCCCAGCCUUCAUCCUAAUCGAAAACGUCACGCCAGCCACCGUCCCCUUCCUUUUGGAAAAAAUCGUCUCGUCAGCACCGACCAACAACACCCCCCUCACCCCCUUCAGCAUCUCCCCCAGUCUCGAAGCUCCCCUGCCCGAAGCCUCCCCAGCCUACAUCAAAGAACUCACCACCCGCCCCUGUCCACAUCAAGCUCUGAUCCUGCUGUGCUCGCAAAAGACCAGAGACGCGCGGUGCGGACAAUCUGCCCCGCUGCUGAGGAAGGAACUGCAACGGCAUUUGCAGCCGUUGGGGCUGUAUAGAGAUUUGGAUGAUGAGAGGCCCGGCGGCGUGGGGAUUUACUUUAUUAGUCAUAAGGCCGGAUGCUUUUGGUUGGAUCAUGUUGAGAGGGCGAAAGAAGGAGGGGGGGAAUUGAGGCCUAAGAAGCCUGAGGAACUUAAGAGAACCUCAAGGAAAGAAGAGGGUGAGGCUAAAGAGGGGACUGAGGAGGGUAAUAAGGCGGAAGUAGAGAAGGAAGACGGUGAAGGUGAAGAGGAAGAGGGUGAGAUUGGUGCCGCGCAAUGUAUCUGGCUGGCAAGAGUCAAGCCGGAGGAUUGCGAGGGUAUCGUCAAGUUUACCGUGUUGCAGGGCAAGGUUAUUAAGCCGCAGAGUCAGCUUAGGGGAGGGUUUGAUAGGCAGAGGGGGGUGUUGAGUUGGUGA